AUGGAGUCGCAACGACAGGUGCGUCCUCGAGUCGGCGAUUUGCAUGCUGCUGCCACAAGUUCGCAGUCUCAUACUUCCCCUUUGGUAAGCAUCAUGGAGGAGGGCGUUGCCAGCAGGUUGGUGGUAAGAGAUCUGGAUGGCCGUGUGUAUACUGGCUUCCUUCAGUGGAAGAACGUGAUGGAAUCCAACUGUAGAUUCGAGUCCAUGAGCAGCAAUCGAGCCAUAAAUGACGACGUCGUCGAAGAGAGAGUACGUCAUAACCUCAAGGAGCUCUCAAGGUACGGGCGCUUUUGUGAGUUUGGACAGAUCAAUUUGCUCAUACUGCUGAAUAGCACUACUCACAACUUCUAUGUCAUGGAUGGCCAGCAUCGAGUUCGUGUUAUGGAGAAAUUGUACAAGGAGACGGGAAAGGACAUCAGAUUUCAAUUCCGUGCCAAAGCUGUUUCGGAUGAUGCAGAGGCACACCAAGAGUUGUUGCACUUCCAGAACAGCUACCCCUCGGAUCCGAGAUCUUUCUUUUCUACCAAGCAUGCACGGCAGGUUUCGACGUCGGUGCUGAUGCGGCUUCGGACGGAAUUCUCGAGCAAUGAACUGUGGGUUCGGGUUCAGACGUCACGGGCAGGCAAGCGCUGCGGAGAUCCGAACAGACCAAAGUUGAACGAUUUUCUGGUGUUUUGGCUGCUUCAAGAUAGUGGUCUCCUUCGUGACGACUGCACUGAUGCGCAAGUCUUCCAACAUGUUGUCAAGAUGAACCGCUUGAUGCAACACCUGUCGCAAACCGACGCAGGCAAGUUGGGCAAGGGAGUGACGCAGAACAUGCUUCGCUCGGCUUCCAGAUGGGGCUGCUUCCUGGGCUUCUUUCGGGAGGAUGUCCUUCGCUGGCAUGAUUUGAACGGGCAGUUGGUAAACUUACCAGACUCUGCUUCCGAAGCUGCUCAAAGCCGAGAAGAUCGAGACGCCUUGGCUUGUGUCAUCUGUAUGGAUGCUGCUCGGAACACUGUGCUGCAGCCGCAAUUCCUCGAAGCUCGAGGAAAGAUGAAUGAUAAGCUUGUCGAAAUCAUCAAUCGCGUUUAUACAGAGCCGCACGACACUUUGGACAAGCUGAAGAGGAUGAUGAAAGAUAAUUUGUCCAACAAUUCGCACGCUUGGACUGACCAGGUUGAUUACUUGGUGGGACGCAUGGCCGAAAUCGGAGAUGAAGCUCAGAAUCAGCGGCCAGACAGCGUGCGAGUUCGUCGUGCAAGGGGGGACCAGGCUCCCGCACAGGUCGACUUGGACAGCAGGUGCAAGUGGUACACAGGGACCCUCCAUCUGAUGGUCAGGAAGAUGUAUGAAGAUCAGAAGGAAGAGCCAGAAAAAGUGAAGGCUAUCGGCGAGGCUGUGGACGAAAGCCUGAAGAAGUUCAAAAAUUUGGUCGCGGAGCUGGAGCGAAGGCUGCAAAGCUCCAAGAGUCUUGAGGAUGAGGUGAAGCAUGCGGUCGGGCUAAACGACUGGCUUGCAGAAGACUUGAGCGUGCUGGUACACAAGGAGCUUCGGCAGACAACGAUCACUGAGAAGCAGGCGGUUGUUUGUGGCGUGCUGGACGACAGCAAGGGUGUGGCCCUGAAGCACAUGGCCAGAGAUGCCAGAGGACGCGGCUCGGAGGAUGAGGCUCCUGCGAGGUGGAACUCCGGAGCGCUUUGGUUCCUUGCUGUGGUUGCCGGGCUUGCACUUCUACUCUGCGUAGUGUGGGGUCCUGGGCAUGCGGCUGCUGGUGGCUACGUCUUGACGCAUUCCUACGUGGGGGAGGAUUUCUUCUCGAAGUGGUCCUUCUACGUCGGUGGCGAUCCCACGCACGGAACGGUAAAGUUUCUAUCCUUCCAGAAUGCCAGUAUGCAAGGCCUCAUCCAUGCCUCUUUCGACCGCGUCUUCAUGGGCACCGAUGCAUCGGAGGUGCUUCUGCCCGGAGAAGGUCGAAAAACCGUGAGAAUCGAGUCCAACGAGUGGUUCCGGAACGGUCUCUUCGUCUUGGACCUGGAUCAUGCGCCUUGGGGCUGCGGUUCUUGGCCGGCCUUCUGGAUGUUCGGGGAGGACGCACAGCACGCCUGGCCGAGGUGGGGUGAGUACGACAUCGUCGAAUCCGUUCACAACCGCACGUGGGCUGCAACCACACUGCACACUCGAAAGGAUUGUGCGCAGACGGACGUGAGCCGAACUCGUGACUUCAGUGGUCAGGGGUGGGUGCCUGGCAGCUACGGCACCAACAAGGCCAAGAACUGCUUCGUGCAGGCCCCAGGCGAGUUCGCGAACCAGGGCUGUGGCCAGGAGCAGCCCUAUGGCUCCUGGGGAAGGCCUUUGAACCAGGCUGGCGGCGGCACAUGGGCAGCCGAGUGGGAUCCGGAGAACGAGUACAUCCGCACUUGGUUCUUUCCGCGGGGGAAGGCGCCCGCGGAUCUGACCGAAAAGCGGCCUCUGCCAGACAGCUGGGGGAUGCCCACAUCCUUCUUCUCGUUGGAGCAAGACGAUUGCAGUGCCCGUCACUUUAGACGGAUGCGGAUGGUCUUUGACAUUACUUUCUGUGGCGAAUUUGGUUCGGCGACCUUUGGUGCGAGCUGUGCAAGCACUGGACAGUCAUGUGAAGAAUACGUGCAGAAGAACCCUGCAGCCUUUUCGGAGGCCUUCUGGUCCAUUCGAACCCUGGACGUCUACAAGAGAUCGUCUGAGGCUGAAGGAGUGACGUCCGCCGAGACGGGUCUGAAUUACGGGACCCCUCCGAAUGGUCCGAACGGUGCCCUGAGAUCUGUAGGUAUUCUUUGUUUGGUGCUGGGUGUUGGUGGCUGUGGUGCCACCGCCUACUUCAUGUACAAGAAGGGUGCCGCAGAAAAUGCGUCUUUUGUAGACAUUCAGAAAGAAGGCCUUUCUACAUUCUCGGCCAACUUGCAGACGACGGAUGUGAGCCAGUGCACUCAUGUGAAUCUGCGGGAACUGGAGCAGGCGGAAUUUGUGACACAAAUUCGUGAAAACCUGCCUACAGUUCCGCAGGUGAGCAACUGGUUUCAAGGAACUUCUCGGCCCGUGGCCAGCCAUCCACAGCGAAAUCCAGGAGCUGCGGCUGCGCAGCCUCAAGAGCAAGGUGCUGCUAGCUGGGCUGGCUUCUCAUUUCAGCCGUCGAGAGGUGACCUGGCAGGUGCGGCCAGCUCCAGAGCAGGCUCACAGCCGGCUGCGCCGGCGACUUGGCCGUCAAUGACGUCAUGGCUGCCAGAUAUGCAGCCAACGAGCACGAGACAGCCAAGUUUAGGCCAGACCAGCUCGUCUUCGAGUGGGCAGCAGGUGUGUGUUUGGCCAGCUGCAACGCAGCCCUAUGUACGUGGUGCUGCUUCGCCACAACAAGGACGCAAUCCGGCAGCUGAAACACAGGCUGCAGGUACCAGUGCAGGCGGCUGGUCUAAUUGGCAAUUCGGCGCAGCUCAAACGUACUCGCAGGGUUCGCCUUCGCAUGGUGCCUGGCGUCUACCUCCGACUAUCAAUGCACUUGGUCCAGGAGGAAGUCAGCGUCGCACGUGA